AUGUCGCUAAUUCCAAGUAUCUUUGGUGGUAGAAAGAGCAACGUAUUUGAUCCUUUCUCCUUGGACGUCUGGGAUCCCUUCAAAGUUUUUCCUUUCCCCAAUUCUCUUUCUACUUCCUUUCCUGAAUUAUCUCGGGAAAAUUCUGCGUUUGUGAGCACCCAUGUGGAUUGGAAGGAGACCUCAGAAGCACACGUGUUCAAAGCUGAUAUUCCCGGGUUGAAAAAGGAAGAAGUGAAAGUAGAGAUAGAAGAUGAUAAGGUUCUUCAGAUAAGCGGAGAGAGGAACCGUAGCAGCGGAAAGUUUAUGAGGAGGUUCAGAUUGCCGGAGAAUGCAAAAGUGGAGGAAGUGAAGGCUUCAAUGGAAAAUGGGAUUCUCACUGUCACUGUUCCCAAGGAAGAGGUUAAGAAGCCUGAUGUCAAGGCCAUUGAAAUUUCUGAAUAUUAUGAAUAA